GCGCUGGUCCGCUACGCGUCGUCUGCCGGGACGCGCGUGCAGUGCGCCGCUCGCGGGGACCCGCCGCCGCGUCUCUCCUGGCUCGCAGACGACGGCAGCACGCUCAGUGACGCUCCCGGAGUCAGACGAGUGUACAGCAAUGGCACGUUGGAGCUCUUCCCGUCGGGUGCUUACCGCGACGAGCAAGCAGCGAGCACGGUGCGUUGCCGGGCCGUCAACCCGCACGGUGCCAUCGUCUCGCGUGACGUGACUUUACAGCCAGGCUAG